CAAAAACAACCGCCAUUUUCGUUUUCUUCAAAAAGCUUGGGAGAGGUGUAGAACUGUAGAAGAAACCAUCAAAAGAGGAUAGAGUUCAGUCAGAUCCUUCUGCUUAAACACUGUCGCUGCUGAAAGCUGAAGGAUAUUACUGUAAAUUUGAAAUGUAUUCGGCAAUGAAAGUUCGAUUAACGCGGUCAACAACAGACGUCAACUUGCAACAGCCUCACAAGGACAAAUUUAUAGACCGGGUCGGGCAACUCAUAGGGAGCCGUUUAUCAGUUCGCUUCAGCGGGUCUGGCUCGAAGUCAGUUCAACAUGGUCGGAUCCAUUCCAAGCAGGACAAGCCUGCCACCAACCAAAAAGGUGAAUCACGGAACCGGUCGAAAAGCCAAGCCGUUAUGACUACAACCCCAAACCCGACUCAAAUGGAUCCGAUAACGAAAAAGCAUGUCUUCAUCUUUGGCAAAGGAAUGAGUGAAGGACAUAAGGGUAUGAAAUCCUUGUUGGGCGGGAAAGGAGCAAACCUUGCAGAGAUGGCAAGCAUUGGCCUAUCUGUGCCACCGGGCCUCACAAUAUCAACCGAAGCAUGCCAGGAGUACCAGGAGUACGGAAAGAAGCUGCCAGAGGGACUGUGGGAGGAGAUAUUGGAGGCCUUUGAGUGUGUGGAGAAGGAAAUGGGAGCCAAACUCGGUGACUCUUCUAAGCCGCUCCUCUUAUCUGUUCGUUCAGGUGCUGCGAUUUCUAUGCCUGGUAUGAUGGACACUGUCCUUAACCUUGCCCUUAAUGAUGAAGUGGUUGCUGGUUUGGCUUCCAGAAGUGGAGAGCGCUUUGCUUAUGAUUCAUAUAGACGUUUUCUAGACAUGUUUGGCAAUGUUGUCAUGGGCAUUUCACACUCAUUAUUUGAGGAGAAACUAGAAGACCUUAAGGCUGCCAAAGGCGUUAAACUUGACACUGAGCUCAAAGCUUCUGACCUUAAAGAGCUUGUGGCACUGUACAAGACAGUCUACCUUGAAGCCAAGGGUGAACAGUUUCCUUCAGAUCCAAAAGAGCAGUUGCAAUUGGCUGUGAAAGCAGUCUUUGACUCUUGGGACAGUCCUAGAGCCAUCAAAUAUAGAAGCAUCAACCAGAUAACUGGAUUGAAGGGGACUGCUGUCAACAUUCAAUGCAUGGUGUUUGGAAACAUGGGAAACACUUCAGGAACGGGUGUGCUCUUCACUAGAAAUCCAAGCACUGGAGAAAAGAAGCUUUAUGGGGAGUUUCUAAUCAAUGCUCAGGGAGAGGAUGUAGUUGCUGGAAUAAGAACACCGGAGGACCUGGACACCAUGAAACAAUGCUUGCCCGAAGCUUACAAAGAGCUUGUACAGAACUGUGAAAUUCUGGAGAGACAUUACAAAGACAUGAUGGAUAUCGAAUUCACAGUUCAGGAAAAUAGGCUGUGGAUGCUGCAAUGCCGAUCUGGAAAGAGGACUGGGAAAGGGGCUGUACGGAUUGCUGUGGACAUGGUUAAUGAAGGGCUUGUUGAUGCUCGUUCAGCUAUCAAGAUGGUGGAACCACAGCAUCUUGAUCAACUUCUUCAUCCACAGUUUGAGGAUCCAUCUUCUUACAAAGACAAUGUGAUAGCCACGGGCUUGCCUGCAUCACCCGGAGCUGCAGUUGGUCAGGUUGUAUUCAGUGCUGAUGAUGCUGAAACAUGGCAUGCUCAAGGAAAGAGUGUCAUUUUGGUGAGGACAGAGACCAGCCCAGAGGAUGUUGGGGGAAUGCAUGCGGCCACUGGUAUUUUGACAGCUAGAGGUGGCAUGACCUCACAUGCAGCUGUUGUAGCCCGUGGGUGGGGAAAGUGUUGUGUAUCCGGAUGCUCUGACUUACGUGUGAAUGACUCAGAAAAGGUUGUUCUAAUUGGAGACAAGAUAAUAAAGGAGGGUGAGUGGCUUUCGCUCAACGGAUCUACAGGAGAAGUGAUAAUGGGGAAGCAGACACUUGCUCCUCCAGCUAUAAGUGGUGACUUGGAAACCUUCAUGUCCAUGGUUGAUGAAAUAAGGUCUCUCAAGGUUAUGGCGAAUGCUGACACACCAGAAGAUGCACAAACAGCAAGAAAUAAUGGUGCACAAGGGAUUGGACUCUGUAGGACAGAGCAUAUGUUCUUUGCGUCGGAUGAAAGGCUAAAGGCAGUCAGACAGAUGAUAAUGGCUGUGACUCCAGAACAGAGAAAGAAGGCACUGGACUUACUUUUGCCUUAUCAAAGAUCUGACUUUGAAGGAAUCUUUCGUGCAAUGGAUGGUCUUCCUGUGACAAUCCGGCUGUUAGACCCUCCUCUCCAUGAAUUUUUGCCAGAGGGGGACAUCGAACAAAUGGUCAGCGAACUAACUUCUGACACUGGCAUGACCGAAGAGGAAGUGUUUUCAAAGGUUGAGAAACUCUCAGAAGUAAAUCCCAUGCUUGGUUUCCGUGGUUGCAGGCUUGGGAUAUCGUAUCCAGAACUAACUGAAAUGCAAGCACGUGCAAUCUUUCAGGCUGCAAUCUCUAUGAGCAACCAUGGUGUCCAAGUCUUUCCUGAAAUUAUGGUUCCCCUUGUUGGAACACCACAGGAACUAGGACAUCAAGUGAGUUUAAUACGGAGCAUUGCUGAGAAAGUGUUCUCUGAGAUGGGUACUUCUCUAGGUUAUAAGGUUGGGACUAUGAUUGAGAUUCCCAGGGCUGCUCUAAUUGCAGAUGAGAUUGCCAAGGAAGCGGAGUUCUUCUCAUUUGGGACUAAUGACCUCACACAAAUGACAUUUGGAUACAGUAGAGAUGACGUUGGAAAGUUCCUUCCCGUGUAUUUGUCCAAAGGCAUUCUACCAAGUGAUCCAUUUGAGGUGCUUGAUCAAAAAGGAGUGGGGCAACUCAUCAAGAUGGCUACAGACAAAGGAUGUGGAGCAAGGCCUAGCUUAAAGGUCGGAAUAUGUGGAGAACAUGGUGGGGAACCCUCUUCUGUAGCAUUCUUUGCGGAGGUUGGACUCGACUAUGUUUCAUGUUCACCUUUCAGGGUCCCUAUUGCUAGGCUUGCUGCAGCUCAAGUGGCCGCUUGAGAAGACUUCAAGUAGGAAGAUCUGAGGACCAAGUACCGUUGCAAAGUAACCUUGUGCAGGAGAUGUAAAUAGGCUGCUUUUACUUGUAGUAAUAAUGUUAAUAUGAUUUCUACCCAAAAAAAUAAUAAUGUUGAUAUGAUCAAUCAAAUGUGAAAAUGGAGAAUAUUUAUGAAAAAUAUUGGAGAAAUUUUUUGUCUAUCUCCUA